GUAUGCACAUGGGCAAGUCGUUAUAGCCUCUCGUUACGAAUAGUAAGAAUAUAAGAAGAACUUGGGCCUAGCUGACAGCACUAUGUGAUCUGCUUGGCCCUGGCUUCACAGCUCAUGCGUCUCAACUACCCAGUCGUAUUCCCCCUCAACCAGAUAACAUACGUCGGUGAAGAUGACUCCCGUUUUUUCUGCCACCUCCAUGGCAGAAAAUUCAAUGUCCUUAACACCCGUUAUAUGCUUCCCUCAGAUGAAGAGGAAGUCAGACGCUCUGAGCUCCACCAUCGAAUGCUCCAGUUCCUCUUCAAUGGGAACAACUACGUCGGUCCCGUAAAAGAUGUCCUCAGCGGAACUGCCAGAGAGGCCAGCGGCGGCGCUCCCGAGCGUCGUCGAGUCCUCGACCUAGGCACUGGCGGUGGGUUCUGGGCUAUUGACAUCGCUGACGAAUUCCCUGAAGCGGAGGUAAUUGGAGUUGAUCUCGCUCCCAUCCAGCCGAGAGAGGUCCCGGAAAACUGCACCUUCGAGCUUUGUGACUUAGAUCAAUGGCAUCUGCCACAUGCUAGGUUUAUGCACACGGGA